UUUGGCGGGAGUACUCUGUAGACGUUAAACUGGGUUAUAUUGCCUCAGCUAAAAGUCAAUAUGGUCAAUUUUGGUUCGGUCAUUUUGUACUUUCGUUACCCUAUCAAAUCAAUGCUCCACAACCUUUUCCUUUUCUAGUCAACGAUUGGUGAUAUGACAUCCACGUAUUCUCAAAAAGUUUUUUUUUUAGAAGAGAAGCAAGAGCAAACCCUCUUGGUAGGACAUGGAGGAUCCUGGCCUUGCCAAUCUCGAUACCUUUAACACCUCACCUAGCCAGUAUCUCGUGUUUGUUGACAUCGUUCUAGGAUCAUUGAUCAUAACUUAUUUGCAACUUCCGAGUUCUCGCUCACCGGCUAACCAGCCCCUUUUGAUCUCGUCCAUAUUUGGUAUCGGUCAGUAGUCUCGUCGAAUUGGCUUUCACCCCCACUUUUCGGGCUCUUCAGAGCUCUAUGUCAAAGGAAAGUCAGAAAGGGACAUUCCUAGGGGCAAUCUCUCCCUGGAAUGUCUCUAGAAGUACAACGCCUCAGCCGGCCAGUGGCUCUAAUGACAGGCCAGAUUUCUUACAACGCUCUCAAGGCCAAGAUCAUACUGUCACCCACAGACAUCGUCUAAGUUCACAUCGCUAUCCAAAAGACUGCCCUCUCCUACGAGUGAGGUGGUUCUAUGCCGUGGACUCCCCGAAAUGGAAACCGGAACUUUUGCAGCAAAAAAGGGACGCAUCCAAAGCUUUCCCCCCCCCAAAAAAGUUCAUACCGUUUUCACCCAAGGAUUCACUGGCCAUAGAGACCGCAUUCCAACACAUAUCUGAUGUUGAAGAUGGAAAAGGAGGGAAUCAACCCAACGAAACCAUUGGCGAUACUCCGGAGGUCACAAAGAUACCCGUCAACGAAGAUUAUCUUUUCGAUGUAGAUGUGGAGUCAAGGGAGCUUAGCCCGGCAUAUUGGAUAGGUCCUGUAUAUGAAGUUCGCCGGGGGACAUGGUUUGUCCAAGACGGCUCGGCGAUCAAGCCAUGUGAAGAGAAUCUCGCGACCCAACUGGAAGAGGGCUAUCUGAAAGUUAGGCCGUGGCGUUUCGAAGAAGUUCAAGAGCCUAGCACUUCGCGCAGCCGUCCUGAAAAUUCAGGGCAAAUGGCUUAUGUACCUGCCAAUGGAGCUCACAGUUAUCGCCUGUUCGGCGCCUACAUGAAUAGCUUAGUAACAUACCAGGAUUCCUCAACAGCAUUACUGGUAAAUGAUGAUUUCAUGUCCCGCGUGAGUACUACAGUGUAUCAGAAGCUGGGUGGCGUUCCAGGUACAAGAUUAGUACGUGGUUUUGCUGAAAUCAAUCGACAAAGGGAAGCGUCAGAUGUGAAAAAUCCUAAUCGGAAAUCAACCCAAGGCCCAGUUUCUACUCUUGAAACGCACCCUCCAGGCUCCCAAAGUCACCGUGCAUCAGAAAAUAUGGAACAUAGAGUAACACAUUCCCAAGAUUCUCAAAGCAAGAGCACCUCUGGAGUAGACCAGAGAUCAACAUUCGAACGGCAGAUGUCCUCUCUUACUGGCGAACCGCGGAAUGCAGCUGAGAUUGAAGAGCAAGCUCGUAGGCAGGAAGAAAAGGAGAUGGAGGACUCUCGACAGACUGACGACGAUAAUAGAGAACGGGAGAUUGAUCACUUAGUUCUCGUUACACAUGGGAUUGGGCAGCGACUUGGGUUACGGUUAGAGAGUAUCAACUUCAUCCAUGAUGUGAAUGUCCUGCGGAAGACCAUGAAAAAUGUGUACAAAGCCUCGCCUGACCUUCAAGCCCUCAACUCAGCAUUUACUGAUAAGCACGAUAACUGCCGUGUCCAAGUACUCCCUGUAUGCUGGAGGCAUCUCCUUGAUUUUCCAUACCGAGGGAUGAGGCAUAACCGCAAGGAGCUUGAUAUUGCAGACGCAGACAAUUUCGAAGAUGACCUCUACCCCGGCUUAGCUGAUAUAACACUCGAUAGCGUCCCUGCGGUUCGGAACUUGAUAUCUGAUUUAGCAAUGGAUGUGCUUUUAUACCAGAGUGCUUACUGUGAGCGCAUAUCGACUAUAGUUAAGCAGGAAUGCAACCGAAUUCUCAAAACUUUCAAGAAAAGGAAUCCCUCUUUCAAGGGAUCAGUGAGUCUCUGUGGGCAUUCCCUCGGUAGCGCCAUUCUCUUCGAUAUUUUGUGUCGUGAGAGUUCCACAACUGAUCUACAACGGCCAUCGGACUCGAUGGGACAGCGAGAAAUGCCGCCUACCAGCCUGCAAGACGAGCAACUGGAGUUCGAGUGCAAGGAGCUAUUUUGUUUGGGUUCUCCAAUCGCACUCUUUCAAAUGUUGAAAGGGAAAACUAUUGCUGGACGAUCCGUAUCGGAAAGCAAGGCCCCUAGAACUAUGGAUGGAAAAGAGACUCUCGAAACACCGCCCACUGUCUCUUCGAGCAAUGCUCCUCAUAUCAAUGCAGGGUUUAUAUUUAAUGAUGACCGCUCUCAUGUCUCCUCUCCAAAGUGCGAGCAACUUUAUAAUAUAUUCCAUCCUUCCGAUCCCGUCAGCUAUCGCAUAGAACCCCUUAUAUCCCCGGCAAUGUCUUCGCUCCGACCACAAUCAUUACCGUCGGUCAAAAGAAGCCUCUGGGCAGCCUCUGGGCAAAGCCUUUCAAUAAUUGGAAGCCGCGUCGGCCAAAGCGUAGGGUCUCUGUGGAGCAAUUUCACGUCAGGCGUUGCGAGCAGUUUACUCAAUCGCAGUCUUGGCCUGAAUUCCGAGGAUAUACCCCUUCAGAGCUCCUCGAAUUCUGCCACUCAGCCACAACCCUCCUUAACCACGGAUGUCGAGUCCAUGCAUAUACUUGAUAAUCGGCAUCCUACCUUGAUAGAUUCGGACUUAGAGACGCUUUAUGAGGGUUUUCCAAAAGCUAAAGAUGGCCGCACAAAGGAUGUUUCAGUUACUGCAAGCGAUGAUACCGCUGAGUACCAAGAAAAUGAGGCUCGCAUGAAGCGAUUAAGGAUCGAGGAUGCGAAAGUAAGGUGCUUGAAUUCCAAUGGGCGGGUUGACUAUAGCAUACAAGAAGGAGCCUUCGAUAUAUCUCUGAUUGCCAGCAUUGCUAGCCAUCUAACAUAUUGGGCUGACGAGGAUGUUAACCAUUUCAUGCUUUCACAGAUGCUAUCUAGGAGAACUCCAUCAUGAGAGACCUAGUAGAGCACCUUGCCUGGCACAAUCCUCGCGCCUUAGUUUCUCGUAUGUACAGUGUCCUGGCAAACAUAAAUGGUUUACAAACAACUACCAGACCGCACUGGAUACAGUUAUUUACAUGAGGAAACAAUAAAGCCGAAGUGUAGAUGUUUGCUUGACGUAAUUCUCAUUUGUUUCAUGGGUGAGAAUUUCUGCCUUAAUUGAGGGCUUGGGAGCAAAUAAUAAACCCGAGGUCAGACGGGCUCACUCUUCUAUAGCUACCAGGAAUAUACAGGGGGUAUGAAUCUAGAAAAUAUAUUUAUUCCAGGCUA